AUGGAUCAAUUUUAUACGGCUCAUAAAAAGCGACAAGAAUUUUCUCCUCGUUACCAUCAACCAUAUGGAUUGAACUUAAUGAAGCCUUCGCAACAAUUAAAUAGUCCACCAUAUUCAUCAUUAUCUGCACAUGAGACUAGUUUUCAUAGUUCUAUCAUAAAUAAAGAUCCAAAAACAAUAUCUAAUGCUGAAUUGAAAAAUUUACUUGACCAACAUCCAAAGGAACUUAAAAAAAUGCGUCGUAAAAAUCCGCAACAACAAUUACUCAUUCUUAUAGAUUUCAUUUCGACACUUUGUCGUGUUCCAAAAUCAACAUUAUUAUCUGUUGCACAAAAUAAAUUUUUUACUUUACUUCAAAUGCCAUUUACUGAUUUGCUUCAACGAUGGCGUCGUUCUUCUUCUCUAACGGAGAACGAAAUUUAUAUGUUUCGUUCAAUAGUUAAAUUGAUAAAACGAUUCAUCAAAGCUACGGAUGCCAACGAAGUAUUACCUUCAUGGUUGUUAGAUUCAAUGUUUCUAAAUAUAAUUGCCGAUUGUCUUACAAAUAUAGCCACAUCAGAAAAAUUUCUCUAUGAUACAAAUAAUCGCCUGUUAAAAUACUUCACACGUUUAAUUGAAACAUAUAUAUUUUAUCAAGAAUAUUUCGACGAUGAAAGUCAUUCUAAUCAAGACACAUUUGUACUCUUACUAGAUCCUAUUCUACAAUGUCUCACUUCAUCUCAUUAUAUUAAUGCUUUUACAAAUAUAUCUGAAGAUAAAAAAUCAAUGACAACUAUUGAAAAACUUUUACUUCUUAAAUGUCCAUCAUUUCUCAUUUCGUACAAUGGGUCUCGUCUGGAACAAACGAUGGAGAAUUUACUUUCAACUAUGCUACCUCAAUAUGUAACAUUAUUAGAUAAGAUAGUUCCUACAGCACACAAUUGGAAACGGGCAAUGAUUCGAUCUGUUCAAUAUUUAUUAAAAACUAUCAAUCAUGGAGCCAAUCAUUAUCAAAUAAAUGCAAAACUUGUUAGUAAACAUUUAUCAUUAAUUGAUCAUGUAUUAAAAUUGCUCGAUGAACCAAUAUUUUAUAAUAAUCUACAAGGAUCAUUAUCGAAUUUAGAAACGAAUUUUAUAAAUACAGCCAUUAGUUUUCUUGUAAACAUGAUCAGUGAACCAGCUAUACUUGCUCAAAUAAAAGAAUCUCAAGUAACACCUGUAUUUCUUCGCUUAACAUCAUGUCAAUAUCAACCAUUAGUACUCAAUAUUUACAAUCUUAUAGCUGAUACGACACGUGAAGAAGACAUCAAACAAAUGCAUAAACCUGGUCAACUACUUGAAAACAUUAUUAAUUCACUAAAAACUACAUUAGAUGAAUCGUCUAAUGAUACAAGUCACCAAGAGCAAUUAUUCGAAACUUUAAAAGGUCUUGUUCAACAUGAUCAAAUGAAAGAUGAAAUUAUAAAACAAAAUGCAAUUCCAUUUCUACUCGAAUGUACUAACAAGUUAACUGAUAAAUCAAAUAUAUUAAUAUUUGAAAUUUUAUGGUCUUUGACAUUUCGUGAAGAAGGUGCACUUGCUCUACGUUCCAAUAGCAAUUUUCUUAAUAAGAUUCAAACUAUUUCUCAGGAUAGUAAUAAUGAACCAUUGAAAAAAGCUGUUGAUGGACUUGUUUGGAAACUUGUACGAGAACCUGAAAAUUUGGAGAGAAUAGCAAAACGACAAGCAGAAGAACAAAAUAAUACAAAUCAAGGGGUGAAAACAAUAACUGAAGAAAUUAUAAAUAGUGCUGGUGAAAAACAACUUGUGACAAGAACAAUACAAUCAGCAAAUACUUCUGAUGAACGAAUAUUUCAAUAUGAUAUGAUGAUUUCGUACUGUCAUGCUGAUAAAGACUUAAUUUAUAAAAUACAUAAAUUUCUUGUUGAUCAAGGUUUUAAAAUAUGGAUUGAUUUGAAUAAUAUGUAUGGACCAGCUAUGAAUGCUAUGGCUGAUGCUGUUGAAAAUUCAGAAUUUAUCAUUUUGUGUAUGUCAGAUUCGUAUAAACGAAGUACAUAUUGUCAAGCUGAAGCUGAAUAUGCAUUCAAUUGUAAACGACGGCUUCUUCCAUUAAUAGUACGAGAAGGAUAUAGACCAGAUGGUUGGUUAGGAUUUAUGAUUGGAUCAAGAAUAUACGUAGAUUUUGGUCGAUUUGAUUUUGAUACAGCUUGUGAAAAGUUAAUUACAGAAAUUAGUCAUCAACGUAAACAACCUCUUCCAUCAAAAUCAGUCCAAGUGAGUCAGCAUGAAAAACCAACGGAAGUAAUUUCUGAUAAACUCAAAACAUCAAUCACUUAUGAUCAUGAUGUAGUUCCUAUGGAUAUAAAUCGAAAACCAGCGUCAAAUUUUAUUAAAAAAUAUGUAAAUGACUGGACAGAUUCUGAUGUAUUAGAUUUUCUUUUUACUGAAAAUUUAACUGAAUUGAUGCCGAUAUGUAAAGCAAUGGAUGGUCCAGCAAUUAUACAACUGUAUGGAAUGUGUAAAUCUCAAAGUAGUCAAACAUUUAUUCUUCUUGAUGAUGAGUUGAAAUCGACAUAUAAAAAGAAACUACAUAUUACAGUUUUUACCCGAUUUUUAAGUGCUAUGGAAAAACGACUUACUACACGUCCUCCAACAUCAUUGCGAAUAGUAGAAGAACCGUUUGAAAUAACAUAUACUACUCCAUAUAAAUAUAUUUCAUAUACUCCUAAUACAUCAAUAGUUAAUAAUGGUUCAUCUCAAUAUGACUCUAACUCUGAUCAACAAUAUUUCGACCAAUUAUAUUCUGAUCGCCCAUAUGAUCUUACAAUUACUUCUAAUGCUUCAAGGUCUCGCCUCGAACAAAUUAUCGAAAAUCUACUUUCAGUUAUGCUACCACAAUAUAUAACAUUAUUAGAUAAGAUAGUUCCUACAGUGCACAAUUGGAACCAAUCAACAAUUGAAGCUGUCAAUCAACUAUUACAAAUAAUCAAUCAUGGAGCAAGUCAAUUUCAAAUAAAUGCAAAACUUGUUAGUAAACAUUUAUCAUUAAUUGAUCAUGUAUUAAAAUUGCUCGAUGAACCAAUAUUUUAUAAUAAUCUACAAGGAUCAUUAUUGAAUUUAGAAACGAAUUUUAUGAAUACAGCCAUUAGUUUUCUUGUAAACAUGAUCAGUGAACCAGCUAUACUUGCUCAAAUAAAAGAAUCUUCAGUAACAUCUGUAUUUCUUCGUUUAACAUCAUGUCAACACGAAUCAUUAGUACUCAAUGUUUAUACUCUUCUUGCAUACACAACAUAUGAAGAAGAUAUUAAAGCGAUGCAUAAUCCUGGUCGAUUACUUGCUACAAUUAUUGCAUCCCUAAAAACAACACUCAAUCGAAAACCUGAAAAGAGAACUGAAAUAGAACAGUUACUUGAAACUUUGAAAGGUCUAGUUCAACAUGAUCAAAUAAAAGAUGAAAUUAUAAAACAAAAUGCACUUCCAUUUCUUCUCGAAUGUACGAAUCAAUUAACCAGAAGAGCAUUGAUAUUAAUAUUUGAAAUUUUAUGGUGUUUAACAUUCAUCGAAGAAAUCGCUCGUGCUCUACGUGCUGAUUCGAAUUUUCUUGACAAAAUUCAAACUAUAUCGAAGGACAACAACAAUGAACCAUUGAAAAAAGCAGUUGAUGGACUCGUUUGGAAACUUAUACAAGAACCAGUAUUCUUAGAAAAGGUGGAAAAACAAGAAGAAGAACAGAAAGCGCAUGUAAAUGUAAUAAAUACAAAAACAAAAGUACAACUAGGGUCAGAUAAAAAAGGACAAGUUCGAACAACAAAACAGCGCAGUGCAACGCCAACUGAACGUUCAUAUCAAUAUGAUAUUAUGAUCUCAUAUUGUCAUGUUGAUAAAGAACUAACUUAUAAAAUACAGCAAUAUCUUGUUAAUCAAAAUUUUAAGGUAUGGAUUGAUUUGAAUAAUAUGUAUGGACCAGCAAUGAGUGCUAUGGCUGAUGCUGUUGAAAAUUCAGAAUUUGUCAUUUUGUGUAUGUCAGAUUCGUAUAAACAAAGUACAUAUUGUCAAGCUGAAGCUGAAUAUGCAUUUAAAUGUAAACGACGUCUUCUUCCGUUAGUCAUGAGACAAGGUUAUAAACCAGAUGGUUGGUUAGGAUUUAUGAUUGGAUCAAGAAUAUAUAUCGAUUUUGGUCGAUAUGAUUUCGAUACAGCAUGUGAGAAAUUAAUGACAGAAAUUAAUUUACAAAGACAACAGGCUGUGCCAGCUGUAAUGAUCGAUCCAUCAGAUCAUGAAAAACCGGCAGAAAAAAUAUCGACUGCAAUUAAACUUGUUCAAGAAAAUAAGAAACGAUCACCUGAAAUUAUGCCGAAAAAUUCGGCUGUAAAUAAAGAUGCGGUAUCAUCAACAUUCAAAGCUCGAAAAUCAACACUUAAUUUUAUUCGAAAGCCAAUUAAUGAAUGGACCGAACUGGAUGUAUUAGAUUUUCUCUCGGCUCAUCGUUUAAAUUCCAUAAUACCAUUAUGUGAAGCGAUGAAUGGUCGAGCAUUGAUGGAAUUAUACAAAAUGUGUACAAAUCACAGACUUCGAGCAUAUUCUGUACUCAAAAAUGAGCUAAUAUCGAUUCAUAAAGCAAGAUUAUCUAUUAGUAUUUACUCUCGGUUUUUAAGUCUUCUUGAAGAUUUUAUCAAGUUCCACGUGGUACUAGCACCAUCAAUGAAUAAUCCUGCAACGAUUCUUGCUCCUAUUCCAUUUGUACCAGCUCCAGCUCUGAAUAUGCCUUACGAUUUUUCAAUAAUAACAAAUGCAUCUCCUUUAGAUACAUUAGAAAUGGUCAACUGUUUUGGUCCUCAAUUACUCUUACUCGAUAAACUACGUAGACAACUAACAAAUGUAUCUCAAUAG